CAGAACCUCGAGGCAGGGCGUUGCCUUCUUAAACUAACUCCUGACUCUGCCUGCAUCUAGCUUACAGCAGAAGACACACAAACCCCGAAGAGUGCGGGUGAGGCAGACAGCACCGUUGGUUGGACUUAAAGAUGGCCCCUUUUCAGACCAAUAAGGAUCUGAUCUCUACAGGAAUGAAGGAAUUUAAUGUUCUGUUGGAUCAGCAGGUCUUUGAAGACCCUCUUAUCUCUGAAGAAGACAUGAUGAUUAUAGUUGAUGACUGGAUGAGCUUGUACACCAAUUAUUACAAGAAGCAAGUGCUUGGGUCGCAGCAGGAGCAAGACAGUGCUCUGAAAGAACUUCAGCAAGAGCUGAGUACUUUGGGCAGCCAGUUUCUAGCCAAAUACAGGACCUUUCUGAAGUCCAAAGAGCCCUCAAGCAGUAAACUGCCUUCCUCAUAGCCUAAAGGUUCCAGGCAUUAUGUCUUAGAAACCCAAACUCUUGGCUCUGUGUUAUAUCUUCAGACCAUUCUCCCAUGAUGUUGCUGUAUUUUGACAUGUCAAUAAAGACCAAUACUAAUUUGUUGA